AUCCCAUUAGCAGGCUGUCGCCGAACUGGCAAUCAUCUACAACCCGUGCGAAGCCCCUUCCUGUCUCUAGCUGGGCAUAUCUGAUUACCUACCUACUCAAACAAAGCCUCAGUGCCAAAGAAUGGAUCAAUCCCUCAACCCUCACCGUCCACCAGCUCGAAGCGCCCAGCCGCCGAGUCCCGAAGACACCGCCCACACACCACCAGCCCAGGCGUCCGGCAGCGGUACGCUAUGGGAUGUGGGAAAUGACCCCGCCGCGGGGUCGAAAAUGGCGGGCGGCAUCGGCGCCGGUUUUGCCGUUGUCCUGCUUGUGUUCCUGUUCGUGAUCGGAUACCAGUGGAAGAGGGGAAAGAAGACGGUGGGCAGUCAGGGGUCGAGUGUUGAGGCUGCUGCGGGGUGUGGUGCGGAUGCUGCUGGUGUCACCGUCACGGAGGGCAAGCCAGAGGAGGUCCAGGAUGGCGAACAGCCAUCUGCUGUUACCGUUGGCUCGAAGGGUAACGAAGGAAAGGAGAAAUGAUGGGGGAGUUCUGGGAUGAUGUCGACGCCCUGGUGGCGAGAUGGGCAUAUUCGUGUUGGCCGUGAGUGUGCAGGAGUUCUGCUGGCGCUCCAUCAAGCGAGUCCGACUGCCUGCUCCUAUGUACUGUACCAACCUAUUCCUGUGUCCGGAUUAAUGUUUCAGACGGGGCUGUGCAGCCCGUUCGAGUCUUGU